CUACAUCAAAACCCUCGUUGCUUGAAGCUAGCUUUUGAUCCAAGGUAUUGACAUCUGUUGGUCCAUUUGGUGAGCUUCUACCUUCUUCCAUUUUCCCUUUUUCUUCUACCAAACCCUAAUUCAUUCAUUUCAUACUACUUCUCCAGGUUUGGGCAGAAAAUAGAGAUGGUGAACAUCAACAACGACUUCCUCUUCGUUGCACUCGUCUUCUUCGCCACUCUUUUCUCUCUAGUUGCCACUGAGCCUAUUCAAGAUAAGAAAACCUUACUCCAUUUUAUUCAAAACAUUCCGCAUUCUCGUGUGAUCAAUUGGCAUAUAAAUUCUUCAGCUUGUAGUAACUGGACUGGGGUAACAUGUGAUCAUCAUCGUUCAUCCAUCAUAUCUAUUCGUUUGCCUGCACUUAGUCUUCGUGGCCCUAUACCUCCAAAUACUCUUGGUCGAUUAUCCAACCUUCAGAUCUUGAGUUUGAGAUCCAAUGGGUUAUCGGGCCCUUUUCCAUCUGAUUUGGUAAACCUAAGAAACUUAACGGCUCUGCAUCUCCAAUGCAAUGGUUUUUAUGGUCCAUUACCUUCUGAUUUAUCUGUCUGGAACAAUCUCUCUCUUCUUAAUCUAUCCAACAAUGGCUUUAACGGAACCAUUUCUCGUUCCAUUUCAAGUUUGACUCACCUCACAGCUUUGAGUCUUGCUAACAACUCGCUUUCUGGGGAAAUCCCAGAUUUCAGUACCGCGAGUUUACGACUUCUUGAUUUGUCCAGCAACAAUCUCACCGGGACCGUGCCUCAUUCUCUCAAGAGAUUUCCCAGCUCCGCUUUUCUCGGAAACAAUCUUGCUCCUGAAAGUUCCUUGCUCCCGACAUUUUCCCCUACCGGCCAAGCACCAAGGAAAUCCUCAAAACUGGGCGAACCUGCAAUCCUUGGAAUCGUGAUUGGUGGUUGCGUGUUAGCAUUGGGACUACUUGCAUUGCUAAUGGUUCUUCGAUAUUCGAAGAAAGAAGGUAGAAAUAAGGAUUUGCAGGGGUCGGAUAUGAAAGAGAAGGGGACGGAGAAGUUGCGAUCUAGAAGCCAAAAUGGGAACGGAAAUCUUGUUUUCUUCGAGGGAAGUAACCUUGCGUUCAACUUGGAGGAUCUUUUUCGGGCUUCUGCAGAGGUGCUCGGAAAGGGAAGUUUUGGUACGACUUAUAAAGCAUCACUGGAGGAUUCAAGUGCGGUCGUGGUGAAGAGAUUAAAGGAUGUAAACGCAGGAAGACGAGAUUUUGAGCAACAAAUGGAGAUUGUUGGAAGCAUAAGACAUGAUAAUGUGGUUCCUUUAAGGGCGUAUUACUACUCCAAAGAUGAAAAGUUAAUGGUGUAUGAUUACUUCAAUCAAGGGAGUGUUUCUUCAUUGUUGCAUGCAAAAAGAGGAGCGAGUAGGACUCCUUUAGAUUGGGAGAGUCGGUUGAGGAUAGCAGUAGGAGCAGCAAGAGGGAUAACUCAUAUCCACACACAAGCUAGUGGAAAGCUUGUUCAUGGAAACAUCAAAGCCUCCAACAUCUUCCUCAACAGUCACCGCUACGGUUGUGUUUCUGAUCUGGGCCUGGCGGUGAUGAUGAGUCCGAUGGUGGCACCGGUUAUGAGGACUGGCGGAUACCAAUCGCCGGAAAUAAUUGACACCAGGAAGGUCUACCAAGCCUCGGAUGUCUACUCUUUUGGGGUUCUACUUUUUGAGCUGCUCACCGGAAAGUCACCUACGCAUGCAACCUGCGGCAACGAGGUUGUCCACUUGGUGAGAUGGGUCCAGUCGGUGGUUCAGGAGGAAUGGACCGCAGAAGUUUUCGAUGUGGAGCUUUUGAGGUAUCCGGAUAUAGAAGAGGAGAUGGUUGAGAUGCUACAGAUAGGAAUGCAAUGUGUGACAAAGUCGCCAGAACAGAGGCCCAAAAUGGCGGAGGUCGUGAAAUUGGUGGAGAACAUUCGAACCGGUGCACGCCGGCUCUAAUAACACUAAAUAGUCG